AGCGGUAGGAUCUGUGUGACAGUGCGGGGUACAGCUUUAGGUUGAGGGGCAGCGAGAGGAAAGAAUUUCUCCCGAUCCCGCUAUAUACUCGUUCCUCUAUUCCAUCGUAACAAACAUCAGAUGAAUUCAAACUGAUACUGUUUCAACACCGUGCUGGAAAUUCGCGAGGGUUGCUACAGUGAAGAAUAUUUACCACUCGUCUGCAGGACUUAUUCAGACUACCACGUUACUGUUAGUCGAACUUUCCCCUUUUAUUUUGGAUUGUCUUGCAAUUUGAUUUCCCCCCGUUUUUUAUACCAACCGGCUGACAUCAGAUGAUUUUGUAAUCUGCGGGUGUCUUAGUCCCUUUUCAAAAUUAAAAACGUUUUGGCGAGAAGUUUUAUUUUCAUUUCUAUUUUUGGAGGGAGCCAUUCAGUUUUUCGCGAUGAACAAGCUAUAUAUUGGAAAUUUGAAUGAAAACGUGACCGCGGAAGACUUGGUUAAAACCUUUGAAGAUUACAAGAUUCCAUACUCUGGGCAGUUUCUCAUGAAAACUGGCUAUGCGUUUGUUGAUUGCCCGGACGACCAAUGGGCGAUGAAAGCGAUUGAAACAUUUUCUGGUAAAGUGGAACUUCACGGCAAACGAAUUGAGGUCGAACAUUCUGUCCCUAAGAAGCAGAGGACCAGAAAACUCCAGAUCAGAAACAUUCCACCACACCUACAGUGGGAGGUUCUUGAUGGUCUGCUCGCCCAGUAUGGAACUGUUGAGAACUGUGAACAAGUGAACACAGACAGUGAAACUGCAGUUGUGAACGUCACAUACGGGACCCGGGAACAUGCUAGACAAGCUAUUCAGAAACUCAAUGGCUACCAGUUUGAGAACAAUGCCCUGCGUGUGUCAUACAUCCCUGACGAGAACUCUGAGGUCGACUCUGAACGAGGUCCAGACAACGGCCGUCGCCCCGGAUAUGGUCCACGAGGUAACUCGCGCCAGAUGUCGCCUGGUUCUGGAAUCCCCUCCAAACACCAGCACGCUGAUAUCCCUCUCAGACUACUGGUGCCAACACAGUAUGUGGGUGCCAUCAUCGGCAAGGAGGGUGCUACCAUCCGCAACAUCACCAAGCAAACUCAGAGCAAGAUCGAUGUGCAUCGCAAAGAGAAUGCCGGCGCAGCAGAAAAGCCCAUCAGUAUCCAUUCUACGCCAGAGGGCUGUUCAGCUGCCUGUCGUAUGAUCCUGGAAAUCAUGAACCAGGAGGCCAAGGACACCAAAACUGCUGAUGAGGUGCCUCUGAAGAUUCUUGCUCACAACAACUUUGUCGGCCGUUUGAUUGGCAAAGAGGGACGCAACCUGAAGAAAGUGGAGCAAGACACCGAUACCAAGAUCACCAUUUCACCAUUGCAGGACUUGACCCUUUAUAACCCAGAAAGGACCAUUACAGUGAAGGGUUCCAUUGAGGCGUGCUGCCUGGCAGAACAGGAGAUCAUGAAGAAAGUGCGAGAGGCGUAUGACAAUGACAUUGCUGCUAUGAAUCAACAGACUCACCUGAUCCCUGGAUUAAACCUGGGAGCCAUCGGCCUCUUCCCGCCAUCCUCUGCAAUGCCUCCACCUGCCCUCGGAAACUCUGUGCCUGGCCCCCCCUAUGGUCCUGUUGGGGCCUCUGAACAGGAAACUGUCCAUGUGUACAUCCCAGCCCAAGCCGUGGGAGCCAUCAUUGGCAAGAAAGGACAACAUAUCAAGCAGCUGAGCCGUUUUGCUGGGGCUUCUAUUAAGAUUGCACCUGCAGAGGCACCAGACUCAAAAAUGCGAAUGGUCAUUGUUACCGGACCACCUGAGGCUCAGUUCAAGGCUCAAGGCAGAAUAUAUGGUAAGCUAAAGGAAGAGAACUUCUUUGGGCCCAAAGAGGAGGUGAAGUUGGAGACGCACAUCAAAGUAGCAGCUGCUGCAGCUGGAAGAGUCAUUGGAAAGGGUGGGAAAACCGUAAAUGAGCUGCAGAACCUCACCGCUGCUGAAGUUGUGGUUCCCAGAGAGCAGACCCCUGAUGAACAGGACCAGGUUAUCGUCAAAAUCAUCGGCCACUUUUACGCAAGUCAGCUGGCACAGAGGAAGAUCAGGGAUAUUUUGACACAAGUUAAGCAGCAGCAGAAAGGAGGAAUGGGAGGUCAACAGGGGCCCCAACCACAGGGCAUGUCUGAGAUGGGGCCCCCACAGGGGCUGGCACAAGAACCCAGGAGAAAGUGAGAGGCUGGGGCCCAUAGCCAGUCAGACGGACAGACAAAUGGAGGACAAACGAGCGGACUGACUGAGAUAGUGACAGACAGACCCAGCGCUAGACAGGGAGAAAUGAGCAUCAAACUGAGAGGGAAUUAAAAGAAAAAACGAAAAAGUAAAAAAAUGCCUGAGAGAGGACACAAGUCUAGAGAAAAUGAAAAUGAACAAGAAAUAAGAGUGAUUUUUAAAAAGAGAGAUAACUAGAAAACAGAGACCAGAUGCCAGGCCAGGUGGAGUGAUUGAGGAUGGCGAGGAGGUGGGGUGCCCUCUAUUGAGAGCUUUUUAGAUAGCAGCUUAUUAGGAUAGCGCAGUUCCCUCAGAAGGGAUGUGUGCUACUCGGGACCCUCCGCCAUCAACAGUCACUUCAAAAAUUUUAACUUUUUUUUUUUUUUUUUUUUUUUUUUUUUUUUUAAGAUAGAGAUAUAUGUAUAGAAAUGUUUAUUCAGAGGUAUUAUUAAUGAAAUGCAGUGAGAUAGAGAUGGGAGAGAGAGAGAGAGAGAGCAGGAGAAACCACCACAAUUUGGUGGGCGGAGUCACCAAUCAGGUGACUUCUCCCUACCUAUCAGGGACGAGAGGAGGGGCCAAAGUUGUUAACACUGCUCUUGCAGUCCCUCACAGUAAACUGUGGGGGUUAGAAGAUGAAAAAAGAUGAAAAAAUUAGGUUGUAAAUAUAAUCUUCAUGACUUUGUGCUGCACGUUUAACUGUCUGCAAUCAUGCACCUGGCUUGAGAGGAUGUUUUGAGUGGGUAGUGCCAUUUUUUGAGGCUUCCCUUUCAAGCUGGUUGCUGAUUGGCUGGCAGGGCGGGCGGUUGGAGUUCAGUAAGUGUGUGGGCUUAAGAUGACCUCUGCAGUUGUAUUGCAGUGGUUCAGCUUUGAGAUGCGGAAACACACCUAUCCCGCCUUAAACCACGCCAGCGAUGAUCGCUGCUGCGUUGCCUGCACCCAAAUGGCAUAUUUUAUAUAUAUUAUAUAUAUAUGAUAUGUGAGUUAACCUGGCCCCUCAUUGCAUUGGACUAGGCAGGAAGAAAACUGAUGAAAUGGAGAGUGGGGCUUACCAGGAUUACAGUAAAUAAGGCCCAGGCCAUCUUUUUGUAAAAGUUUUUUUCUAUUUUAGGAAUGUGUGAAUAACAUAUUUGCAAUUUUCAAAUAGCAACAGUUGUUAUCUCUAAACCUUCAAACUGUUUGCUGGGGCUUUCCCUGAGAAUAACAUGUAAAAUAUGUUGAAACAGUCUGAAGGCCAGCUUUGAAAUUACUGGGAUCCUUAAGGCCAAAGUAUACUUCGGUUUUCCGUGUGCUGGUAUGUCUUGCGCACAGUGCUUGUGACACAAAUUUUGUCAUUGGCACAGCACGCCAAUGGCGGGUCUUGGGGGUGGGGGGCAUUGCCCCCCUAGAUUCCCCCCCCCCAGAAAUGUCUGACACCCCUCUCCCGGUCUACCAUUUGCUCACCCUAAAGAUCAAAAUACUCCUCCAAAAGAUUGCAUCUUAGUGCCGGCCCUGCAGAACACAUGGACUGUGCUCGUGCAGCCAAGUUUUUCUAGACACGUGCGUUUAUGGUGCGUUCAAGAGAACUUUUCCCACCUCCUAUUUGAAAACAGUGCUCGAAGUCGGACGUCCGACUUUUGAAGUUGGGGUAGAUUGAUAAAUCCCGACAUCAGAGAGAAGCAUUAUUGAACGUAAUUUCCAAGAUGGCGGCGACCAACGAGCAUAAUACAGAGCUGGGUUUUGUGAAGCGUAAAAACAAACUUUUAAGUAUUUACACUGGACGAAAGCAUUUUGUGCUUGUGACAUUUUUGCUUUUGCCAUAAUGGGCAUAAAAACACGAAAUGUUCUUGUUCAGUCAUGGCGCCUUCUUGUGGUGUGUACAUGUAACCGUGACUUGUGACUGCAAGGCAUUGAGGUUGGAAAUUGGAAAUUGGAAAAAUCUCCGACUUCGUCUGAAACGCGGCAUUAGUCUUUGCGCGUCCGUAUGGGCCUGUGAUCAAAAGAGUAUAAUUUGAAAGACUAUAGCGUGAGACAGAACGGCAAACAGAAAAUAGAAGUAUACUUUGGCCUUUCAACACAAAGGGUACAGCCCCUCGUCAAACCUGCCUUUUAGUUCAUUGGUCAAGAACAGGUGACAGCAAAGUGGUUUCUGUGCUCUCUCUCCCCUGCUUUGUUCGACAUUUGCCGAUGAGGUUGCCAGAAUGCUGGCCUUUCUCACUGAACCUAGAACAGAUUAGAUAAAAAAUGAAAUUAAGAAAAAUGAAAAACCUACCUCAGGGUAUUGUUACCUCAGUAUUCCUAAUUUCUUUUCUUUCUUUUUUUUCUUUUUUUUUCCUUUUUUUUUCUUGCUUGCUGGUGUUUUAUAUAAAAGCUGAUAGUCUUGAAUAUUUUAUUUUUUUAAGGAAGAAAUAUUUUUAGUUUUUUGUCUGGUAGCUUUUUUCCCAUUAUUUUCUUUUUCGGUAUGAGUGUAUGCAUGAGUGUAAUUGUGAGGUUUCUUCCUCACCUGAGCUCAAAAGGACCCCCAGGAAAAGCAAUGAAUUGUGUAGGUGGUUUCACAGCCUUUAGGCCAGCCUGGGGAUCCUUAGAGACCUGCACUUGAAAUCACUGGCCAAUGGGAAGUGGAACAAUUCACACCAUCUUUUACUGGUGCAUGAAUGAUGUUGUCAUGCCACAGAUCUUUUUAGUUUGACGCAUAUCAGAAUGAAUUAUGAUUGUGAUGUGCCAUUAAUUUUUGCGCCUGUGGUGUGAUCUUGAUCAUUUUGCACUGAAGGUUUCGACUUGGACUCCAUUAUCAAUUACAUGAACAGCAUUGGUUGACUAACUUGAGAGGGUUUUAUAAAUGGGGAUGCUUGCCAAAUAGUUUUUAUCCACAACUUAACUGAAAAACUAAAGCAAAGUGACCUUGUUGGCCCUAAGGCACUGAAUGUAAAAACAUCUAACAUCUUUUUUUUUUUUUGUUUUUUUUUUUUUGGUUGGAGUCUUCUCAUUCCCCAUUGUCCUGUGCAAGUGUGCGCGAGUGUGUUUUCUAAUUGAGUUUAAUUGUUAAAUCUUUUGUUGGGGAAGUGGUUUGGGUGUUUAAAAAAGGCAGAAAAAUUGAAAAACACACUAUGGCCUCGGUAAUACUCAUUUUUUUAAACCGACUGAGAGCAUAAAAGGUACCUUUGAAAAACGGGAGCCAAAAAAAUUAAGAAAAAAAUGCUCACAUCUCGCAAAUUUAACCUCGCACAUAAUUUUAAACAAAUCGAUCAAAAAAUAGAUUUUUUUAAUUUAAUUUUUAAUUUAAUUUUUUUUUUUAGAAUAAAACGCUAAUUGGAUAAAGGAUGGAAAGGCUUAAAUGUUAAAGAUGGAUGGACACUGCCGGACUGCAUACUUUUCAGGUUCCAUUCAGACAUCUGUGAAGGGUUUGCCACAUGUCCAUGUGCUUUAAAGGGAAAGUUCACCCAAAAAUGACAAUUCUGUCAACAUUUUACACAUUCUCAUGUUGUUUGAAACAUGAAUGACUUUAUUUUUUUUUCCAAGGAGCACAUGCAGACAGAGUAAUACAGAUGGUACAAUAGACCCGUUUAGCUUGUAGUCCAAAACCCGGGAGUGAAUUCACCAUGGCAAACAUUUGCGGCGAAUCAAAAGCUCAUUUACAUGUGAAAAUAACGAGCUGCAAAUUUGCAGCAAGUUUGCGGCUAGUUUAGAUUUUUUUUUUGUAACGGGGAGUUUUGAGUAGAAAAAUAAGGUCUGUGGUAAACAUUACUUGACGAUACGUGGACGUUUUGUUCUACAACAUAAAUUACACCCAGUCAUACUUAAAACGUGAAUUUUGAAGGCUAAUUGAAUGACAUACUUUUUUCUAAAAACACAUGGUGGUUUCAAAAUUCACGUUUGAUGUAUGACUGUGUAAUUUAUGUUGUAGAACAAAACGUCCACGUAUGGUCAAGUAAUGUGUGCCACAGACCUUAGUUUACACACAAGAUUAAAAACCCAAAGGAAAAUCAUGAGGGAACCCAUGGCGAAUUCUCUUCCGGCUUAGCCUACGAACCGCUUUUAAUGAGGGUGAUUAAAUAUGACUGAAUUUUCAUUUUUGUCUGAAUUAUCCCAUUAACAGGUCAAGGUCUUUGUUUUUUAAGCUUCCCUUUUUCACACUAGAUGGCAGUCUUCUGUUUUCUGCUUGAAGGUCACACUUGUCAAUGAUUCCUCAGUUGUCUCUAGAGAGACACAAUACAUACUACUCUUCAGGCGGGAAAGAAGCGUCUUGUUCAGUUACAGCCCAUAGAUUUCUGUCAGACACCAAGACACACUCAUACACUUUUGCUCUGUUCAGACUGCAGCAGCCAUUUUGUUUUUACUUUUAACUUUUUGUUUUUUUUUUAGACAGCAAGCUUUAUUUGGACAUGACAUCUGGUUGCGAACUGUUUCGUCAAUAAAAGACAAAAAAUAUGUGAGAAAUAUUAACAUAAACAGCAGAUCUCCAAGAACUAACAUAAUUGUGACAAAAAUGGAAAAAGUAGAAAUGUUAUUGUAAUUUGCAUUUUUUAUUUUUUUUCUGUAUUAAAUUUUUUUCUGUAUUCUUAGGGUGAAAGGUAUAAUAAGCGAUGAGAGGGAGAUGGACAAUUUUAAUGAGGAGGUAGACAUUCUUUCAAAGCUAGUUUUUAAAGAGACCUUAAUGGAUUUGCUUCAUUUUUCCUUCUGUUAAUUUAGCAUUUAGAUGAAUUUUAGAUGCCACAUUCAUCCUCUUCCUCUUUUUUUCCAUGUCAUUCCUUCCUCCAUUCUUCCAUUCAUCCCUAUUACACCACUCGCUACCUUCAUCUGCUCAUUUUGUAUUUUGGUUUUCCUUAUAUUUCAUUAUUUCCUGAAUCAAAAGAGCCAUUUGCAUUGGCAAGAGACGUGUUGUUUCAGUUCUGGAGUAGAACACCCUCUCUCACGCUGGCCUUGUUUGUGACCGUUUUCUCAGUUCAGUUGAGUCGUUUGAUGUUUAAUUUCUUUUUCUUUUUUUUUUUUCUUGCUCAGAUUGUUUCCGUUUAUUUAGUGUUGGAUUAUAGCUAGGUUUCUCCUUCACGAUGCACACACACACACACACACACACACACAUACACACACAUCUCACACUGCUACUAGUUAUAUAGUAAAUACUAACAAAUAAUUCAUCCUUCAAGUAAUACCUGUGCCAAACUGGGGUUCUCAUUUGGGUUCUCAUUUUUUUAUUUCCUGUUUUGUGCUCCAAGAAAAAGGAACUAAGAUUUGUACACAGUCAGGAGCAGAUGCAGUGCUCAUAUAGAUUGGCUGGUACACGGUUUCCCUGAGUACUGCGAGUUAGGCCUCCUGUUUGGCACUUGUUUUCUUAUGUUUUUCAAGGUCCUCCACACUCAUUGUCUGUGGCAAGGGCUUGAACAAACAGUAGAACAGUUACGCUGACAUACUUGAGCUUCAAAAAGAGACGGUAUGUUGUUUACUUAUGCAAUUCUGUGACAAGUCAAAUGAAUGGCUGUUGUUUGUCACACGGACUGUUAACUGUCCACUUGGAAACCCAUAAGGAGGACGUGAUCGCCCCAUCCGUUGCAUUGCAGUGCAUAGAUUUACACGUAGAGGGCAGAUUGAACCUCAACUUAGUUGGGUGUGAUCAUCGAUUUUGACGUUGCAUGCCACUGUUGUAUCUCACCGUGCUAGUUUCUGGCAUCUCCUUAAAGAAAAAACAUUUGGGUGCUACAAUGACGACUCAAACCUCAUAUAACUAGGAACGCUACCUCAAGACUUAGCCAUAAGAUUGUUUUAUCAACCAGACGAGAGCGAAAGUGCAUGUUACAUUACUUUUGACUUAAUUUAUUUUUAGCUCUUCUUAGAUGUUUGGGUAGAAUUUUACUACUCCAGCCUAGAGUUGGGACUCUAAUUUACAGUGGCGUCUGAACUUUUGGGGAGGAACUGGGGGCAGGACAGUGUGGUGUGAUGGUUUGCACAGUGCAAGGAGAAGGAAAGUUUUUUUUUAAGGUUUCUAAGUCCACAAUUAAGCUAAAAUUCUCCCCAUAUGAUAAAGUGUCUUAACCAAACCCUAAAUAAGAACCUCUUUCCAGGUAGCUAACUAUUACGAUACAAAUGGAACAAACUUAACUAACUGUCGGCAUCAGAUUUUGUCGAUACCUCAGUAGACGAAACACAAAAUUGUGCCUGUUCUGCUGUCCUCUGUGUCUUUUCCCACCUCAAUGGCACCACACUACCUCCACGCCUUGCAGCCUUGACCUACCAUUACUUGGACAUACCCGAUGUACAAUCCCCCCAAUGGAAGCUGCCCUCGAAACCAGUUUCACUAUUUCUUUUUCGAAAGCUGUGGAUAGGAUGAGUGAAACUAGAUUUAAAUUGGCAAUAAAAUGGCAAUUUCUGCCUAGAGCUUCUACUAACAUUCUGUCCUCCAUUUGUAGGCCCCUUUUAUGAUUUACACCCUGAAUCAAAGGGCACCACAUCUGUAACCAUGUAUUAUUAAUUUUUUUGUUUUGUUGAUCUACCUCUUAGAAGAAAAGAAAAUAAACAAAUAGGAUGAUCAUAAAACGAAAAAAAAAAUGGACACAAAAAAUUUACAUUUUGAAACUAAAUAAAUCAAUGAUAAUAAAAGGCUUAUAAGCAACUGGGUAGCAGCAUCUCCAUAUACUGUAGUGAAUAGAAAACCUUUACUUCCAAAGAUGAUUUUGUUUUUUUUUGUUUUCAGUUGUUUUGAAAUUGAUCUGGAAGAAUUUGAAAAUGGAAUAAAUGGAAUCUGGUAGGGGAAAUAAUUCAAAAAACGAGUCAAUUUCACUAGUCAAUCUACAGCCCCCCCCCCCCCAUUAUUUUAUUAAACUGACUUUCAUUUUUAACCUACAAAUUCUUCUUUUUAUUUGAUUUAUAUUUCUGAUGGCUUUUUAAAAUGACAUAGGAUUGUAUCUCUUAUGUUUGCAAUAGAAAUCGCUCUCUUUCUCUGUGAACCGUGACAUAAUAGUAUCUUUUCAGGCCGCACAGAGCAGCAUGAUGUUAAAAUCAUUUUCGUUUUUAUUGUUUCAUUCACCUGUAAUGAUACGACAGGAGAGUAAAGGUCUGUUUAAUUGAAUAGGGCACAUUUUUGGAGGAUGAGAGAGAGAAAGGAGACUACCUUUAUCGGACUACCUUAUCCCUUCAUCCCUCUUACUGAAGGUGCCACAGACAUUAUUAGGACUUUCAGCCUCUGCCUGCCUGAUUUUCUUUGAUUCUCAUCCACAAUUGUUUUGAACUCCUUGUAAAGAAUACAGAGCAUAGAUAUGAAUGUGACAAUAAAAGAUGAGUAAACCGGU